GAUUACUCGCGCUUGGCUUCGUUAAUCGUGACAGUUUCUUCGUAGGAAUUCUGACUACAACACAACUCUUCCCACGGGCGACUAGUGGCGGACCUGGGCUGCUGGGGGAUGAGGAGACCGUCUUGACACAGACGGCUCGGCAGAGUUCAUUUCUCGCACUCGAGCAGCGCGUGCCGAUGUGCGCCGCGUAAGCGCCUUCCCCCCGUUUUCGAGGGGAAUCCAUUGAACCCGUCUGAUAUUCAUCUGGAGGUGUGACCACAUUUUUAAGUAUGACAUCAGUGCAGAACGCGGGCUGGGGGUUUUCACACGUCCAAGACGGAAUACCGGGAUGAGCCCAAACGGAGUGCUUCUUUUCCUUCCUCGCUGUCCUUUAUGAACAAACCUCCGAUGGUGCGUUUUUUCCUUUUCUUCGUGUCUUCUCAUGUGAAAUCCCGGAAUGGGUUCUCGAGCAACAAGCGACCGUGGCUGUGUGCAGCAGCAGCUCCGCGCACACUUAACGGAGGACAACGCGCUGGUGAAUGAGUCGCUGAGGUUGGAUUCUAUGUUUGUGUGUGCAUAAAGGCUGCACCUGCAUGAUUACAGCAGCCCAGUAACCUGCCAGCUGUCCUUUAUUUUUGUUUGAUUCUCUGCUGGAUCGAGGACAGGAAUGAACUCGGUUGUCGGAUUCGUAAAAGUGUCCUAAAAAAGUGUCCUGCACCUGGCAGUGGUUCUACUUUGUUCUGUCUCUAAACAGGGCUGCUUCGUUCGUGGCGAGGAAAACAGAUCCAAUCAUGGGCAGACACUCUGCCCCCCAGCUGAGACCGGGUUUUACAUUCCGGGUGUUGUGGAUGGUUCACGCUUUUCUGGACCUGGCCGGCUCCCAGGAGAUUUACGCGCCGCACUCGAUCCGGGUGGAGGGCGACGUGACGCUGGGGGGGCUCUUCCCCGUCCACGCCAGGGGGGUCCCCGGGAUACCGUGCGGGGACAUCAAGAAGGAGAACGGCAUCCACCGGCUGGAGGCGAUGAUGUACGCCCUGGACCAGAUCAACGGCGACGAGGAGCUGCUGCCCAACGUCACCCUGGGCGCCCGGAUCCUGGACACCUGCUCCCGGGACACGUACGCGCUGGAGCAGUCGCUGACUUUCGUGCAGGCGCUCAUCCAGAAGGACACGUCGGAUGUGCGGUGCACCAACGGGGAGCCGCCGGUGUUCGUCAAGCCUGAGAAAGUUAUCGGGGUCGUAGGCGCGUCCGCCAGCUCGGUGUCCAUCAUGGUGGCCAACAUACUGCGCCUCUUCCAGAUCCCUCAGAUCAGCUAUGCAUCCACGGCCCCGGAGCUGAGUGACGACCGGCGGUACGACUUCUUCUCUCGGGUGGUCCCACCGGACAGCUUCCAGGCCCAGGCGAUGGUGGACAUCGUCAAGGCCAUGGGCUGGAACUACGUGUCCACCGUGGCCUCGGAGGGCAGCUAUGGAGAGAAGGGCGUGGACGCCUUCAUGCAGCUCUCCAGGGAAGCAGGUGGAAUCUGUAUCGCUCAGUCACUGAAGAUCCCUCACGACCACAAACCCUCCGACUUUGAUAAAAUCAUCCGUCUGCUGCUGGACACUCGGUACGCCAGGGCAGUCAUCCUGUUCGCCUCCGACGAGGACAUCCGGGGUAUCCUGAAUGCCAGUAAACGGGCGGGCCAGAUCGGUCACUUCCUGUGGAUCGGUUCAGACAGCUGGGGGGCCAAGAACAGUCCCAUCCACCAGCUGGAGGACGCUGCCGUGGGAGCCGUCACCAUCCUGCCGAAGAGAGCCACCAUCAGCGGGUUCGACGCAUACUUCACGUCACGCACGCUGGAGAACAACAGGAGGAACGUGUGGUUUGCCGAGUACUGGGAGGAGAACUUCAACUGCAAGCUGAUGAGCUCCUCCAAGAAGGACGAGAGCAGCAGGAAGUGUACAGGUCAGGAGCGCAUCAGCAUCGACUCCAAGUACGAGCAGGAGGGUAAGGUCCAGUUCGUGAUCGACGCCGUAUACGCCAUGGCCCACGCCCUCCACAACAUGCAGAGGGACCUGUGUCCGGAGAACUCCGGCAUCUGCCCCGAGAUGGACCUGGCUGGAGGGAAGAAACUACUCAAGUACAUCCGCAGCGUCAGCUUCAACGGAAGUGCUGGUACUUCAGUGACCUUCAACCGCAACGGCGACGCCCCCGGACGCUACGACCUGUUUCAGUACCAGUGGAACAACGUCACCGUGCCGGGCUACCGCGUGAUCGGACAAUGGACCGAGGCCCUGCAGCUCAAUGUGAGUUCAUGUAGCUGUCUGUAGAGGACAACCAAUGCCUUGUUCUAGUCCUUCUUUCUGUCAUUCUCUUCUUGUUAAGUUGCCACUAUCAUUUCAGAGAAAAAGCAAAUUUGUUUCUGGCAAAUUUUAAGAUUUCUUUCUGAGUUUUACCCCCUUCCUCCGGCUCCGUAAUAACUUCUUUUUUUUUUACCUACAAUGACCUGAAAUACGCCGUCAUAGUUUCCUACUUCCUCGUCUCCUCUGAGACACUUGAGUUUCAUCCUUGUUUCCCUCACGUACACUUCUCCUCACAUCUCAGUCCGUCCCACUGAAGACGUUUUUAGAGGAACCAGACGUCCUGAAUCGUCAUUUGACACGUCUAUUUUUAGCUUUGUUUAUUUUUUCCGUCUCUGUAUCUUCCUCCUUACGAUGAACCGUAUCACCAUUUGCACAUUUAUUAAAAAACUCAUUUUUUAAUACUGCGUACAGAUCAGUGGAACCACAGCGUGUAAAUAACUUCACUGUUCCGAUGCAUUUUUUAAAUGUAUUAAUGAUUUGCAGCAGCAUUUAGUUUGUAAAUGACGUUUUAAAUAAUACAUGCUGUGAUUAAAAGGUCCUCUAAUGUGCAGAAAAGAUUUAUUUGCUCAAAUGUUUGAGGGAAAGUGAAAAAAAUAUGUUAAUCCACGUCAGAACAUAUCAUUUCUACCCGAGGUGUGGAUCUCGAUUGUUAAGCAGCUGGAUGGAGAUGGAGAUAGAUCAUUUAAAUGUGUUUAUUGCUGAAAGACAACUGCGUCUCCUGCUCGACUGUAAUGUUGCAUCAUCCAUGAUGAGUAAAAUAAGUGUAAUGAAUGAAGAAAGUUGUUUCUCUUGUUAAUCAGAAAGAGGAGUAAGGACCAGAAGAGAGUCAGCAUAAUGAAAAGUACACAUGAGAGCAGAUCCUUACGACAAAAACCUACCUUUGAAUAUAUAUGCAGGUCUAUUAAUCAUACAUUACAUUUGUUAAUUACUGCCGUUUUAAAAGGCAAACAAAGCAAACAUUCCUCCCAGCAGAUUUAAAUAAUUUGCAUCCACCUAUGUUAAUAACUGAAAUACAAACCACUGUUACAUUCUGCUUUCCCCUGUAAUGUGUUUUUAUCCGAGCCAAGCUGGGGACACGCUGGAGGAUUAUCAGGCCAGUUCACACCACAUUCGCCCGUCCUCACAGUCUCCUAAUUGGAGGACAGAGAGUCAGAGGAGAUUAUCUGAUAGUGUGAGAGGUUUACAUAUUUAUUCGGCUGUUUGAUCCGACUCGGCCAACGGAGCCAAAUGGACCACACUACACGACUGUUUUCAACAGGGUGAAGUGCACUAAAUGAAGGAAUAGAAGCCUGUAUUUCAGACUUUAUAUUGUUCUGUCAUCCAUAAACAUUCCUCUAACCUGCUUCUCUUGUUCAGCUCAUGGACGUAGUAUAAGAACUGCAUACCGGACUGUGUGCGUAAGUGAGCAGCGGCUCGGCUUCCUCACUUGACAUUGAGAUGACGUUAAACGGAUUAAAAUAGCUUCUCUAGUCUCUGAGGAAGUUUUACAGUUAUAAAACCUUUAUGGAUUAAAAAUGUAUAAUACAGAAAGUAAUAAUUUACUCACAGUUUGUCCUGAAAACAGUGAACAGAAAACAUCAUAG